AAGGGUUAACGAAUUGCAUUCUUCACUACCAUUCCUCACUUUUUUACGAAAUCUCUCCUUACGACUUUCUUGUGCGUUAUUUUUGUGUGGUCUCUGACUUUAUUUUUUUCUGACUCGUAUACUCUGGUACUUUUCGCACUGAUUUUUGCUUUACUCCAGAAGAUUGAGCAUUCAUGAACAACGUGCGUGAAUCAGUGGACUUUGCUCUCAUCUUUGCGAAAUCGGGCGUGGAGACGCGGCUCUGGGAAACCAGACAUGGGCACGCACUUUGCGGCAGUAUUUCUCGAUACGGGGAAAGUGCUACUUCUUUGCGCAUCUUCUUGCGUUGAUGCAUGUAGAUGGACAACUCGGUAGCGCACUUCCCAAAAGGCAGCUGGUGCAGAGAGCUUGAGGCGUUUGUGGCGGACGCUGCAGCAAUCAUGGCAGAAGCGGCGCUACAUGAUACUUGGCCUGUCUCCGCGUGUAAUAGAAUUGCAGGCAUUUUCCAGAUGUGUGCAAUUCCUCGAUGCCUUUACUUAUUACGUAGAAAGUAGCAUGAUUAAAGUGGUAGCUCCUAUAUAAUUUAGUGCUCCGCUGGUGCUUCUGUGCUUGUGCUCGUGGCGGAGUGUUUCUGGUGGGGUCGACGGCGUGGCAAUUUUGGCGGAAGUGUCAGAUGCUAGGAGGUAGGGACAGGUGGGCUCUGUGCCUUGAUCGAGGAGAGGAGUCGCUUGGCGGAUUAUUUACAGACUUGAUGAUCACCAGGCAAGCAAUGGACUGGGUGGAGCUACUAGGGCGACUAAUUGUGGAAGAGUUGUAGCUGCUCAGGGCUUGCGAGAAAAAGGGCAGGGAACUAGCCGGUUUGAGGUAGUGGGAGCGCGUUCUCCAUAGAUCUCUGACGUGCAGACGCUGCGUGAAUUUCUGAGCAGCCAGGAGGAAAGUCUAGCUUUGUCAGUCAGGGCCUUGUGGGCAGGAGGCCGAAAGGCAAGAGGCUGUCGUCUCAAGAGAGACCCAGCAAAGAGCAGGAAAGGCCGGCGAAGUAUCAGGAGUGCCCGCUGUUCGGAAUGCGCGAGCAAGUGCGCGUAGCUGCUGGUUGGCUGCAUACGGGCGAUAGGCUCGAAGGGCGCGGCUGUCGGGGAUGCAGAAGUCUGGUGGCUCGGCGGAGGAAAUUCGCGGCGCCGUGGCUCGGUGGUAUUCAAGAGAAAGGCCUUCGGAAAGGAUUCAAAGUCCAGGCGCCACGGGAGGGCAUUUCUCUGAGAGGAGGUUGCUCUGGUGAAUCGAUUAGAUAGCAAGGUAGCCGCGGACGCAGAGUCCACAAGGCGCAAGGCUGAGGCAGAUGGGCGACGUUGGCCCUUCGCAGUCAAUGAAGGGCUUACAGGGGGUGAGCCCCAUGAGAGUUCUGCUGCAGCAGCGGGGGGCAGGUGAGACUGCAGGGGGGGCAUGUGACGACUUCGGUGCUGCAGAUACUAUCGGGGCAAAGACAGAAAGGUGGGCGUGGGGCUCAAGUGUACGCCGAAUGAGGAAAAGCCUGGCGUUUAUGUUCGCACGCGUUGUUCUUCACAAGAACUCUGCUUCUAAUCUCUUAUCCUAAAACUGAAACUUCUAGAAGAAGUUUUUUUGGAACGGAAAACAAAGCAGGAGGACGCGCUUUAUUUUCAUACCCAGCACAGGUGGAGCUACAGACGCAGGUGGUGGAGGUGUCUUCGAAACGAAGUACGAUGGUUGCUUUAUUAAGGUGA